UAGACGGUAGAGAACGUGCAACUUCACGUUUGAUGGGUUUAUUUCUGUUUUGCCACGAGGACUCAAGUUCAAUGUUAUCCUAUUCGUACGUGAAAUAUAUCAGCUAUGCGUUUUCUAAAAUCAAUAGUGGUGACACGACUUAAUGUACCUACUUUUACAAUGUGAUGUGUGAAGGAAGAUUUGAAAUGUGAAAUAAGACAGCAAUUUAAGCAUACAAAAAAAUUACUACAAAGUGCUUUUGUGCUCAUUUGACAAACAGUUGAUUUGAUGUACAAAAACGAACAAAGUACUACACAUAAUGGUGCUUCUGAAAGUUUGGAUCGGAUUAUUUAUUGGUUUUCUCCCGAUAUCAGAUAUGCUGGGACUGAAGUUAAGAACAGUACGCAUCCCAACGUACAAGUUUCGUAGUGAGUCAGCACUGCUCGAGUGUCAGUAUGAGCUAAAUGGUCAACGAAAAGGCCAAAGAUCAAAGGAGAGCGCCCGGCGUCAUCAUGGCUACCCUAGCGAUCACACAAACGAGUCAAUGGAAGAUGAGGAAAAGCUGUAUUCCAUCAAAUGGUACAAAGACAACGAAGAGUUUUACCGCUACGUGCCAUCGGCUGCUCAGCCGAUCAAGAGCUACAAAAUCGAGGGUAUUCGGGUUGACCCAAACCACUCCGAUGGAACUAAGGUGCUUUUGAAGGGUCUUACGCUCAAGUCGUCCGGUGUUUAUCGUUGUGAGAUCUCAGCAGAAGCCCCCAGCUUCGAUUCGGUUCAAGGCGAAGGACGAAUGGAUGUGAUUUAUGUCCCAAAAGAUGGGCCACACAUAAGUGAUGGUGAACGGAAAAGCUACCAGAUCGGCGAAACGAUGGAUCUGAACUGCACUUCUGGUCGUUCCUACCCAGCCUCCACAUUACAAUGGUACCUCAAUGAUGUUCUGGUGACAGAUCCGAAUAACAUCAUCCACUACCCAUCAAUGCAUAAUCAGCACGGACUAAUCACUACAUUCCUGGGGCUCACCAUGGUUGUCAAUCAUCGACAUUACAUCGAAGGUACGAUGCGCAUUAAGUGCGUUGCAAGUUUGUCACCAGUGCUGUGGAGAGGCGGACAGGAAAGCAUCGUUCAGUGGGAGCAACCUGCCAUAGAUAAUCGAAUCGCUAUGCUGUUGGGUGAUAAAAAGCAGUGCUGCAACUACUAGCUGACACAUAGUUUUUCCAAUACUUGUUUGUCUAGUUUAUACGUUUAGUACUUGGGUUACUUAAAAUCGGUAAUAAGUUGGCAGCCAUCAUCUGCGAUUAGAUUAGCAUACAUAGCUGACAUCAUAACUGAAUCACUGUUAUGUCCAUGUUUUGCAAUCGCAGUCACAAAAGAAUCAAGAGCCAAUGCGGCUUGUGAGAGCUUUUUCACAAUCAAAAUACCAAUCGUAAGACCAUCUUAAACUAAAGUCCUUAAGAUCGCAGCUACACUUUAGCAACAUACUGGAUCGGAUUUUUCUCAGUUUCAAUAAGAAUAUUUGAAGAAAUAAACAUUAUUCUAACGUAAAUACUGUAAGCAGAACCAUUUACGGACAAAUGCACAUGAACGGUUUAGAUAUUGAACAAAUUAGCACUAUGUUUCGGUUGCAGUGAAAAUUUUAAUAAUUAACCAAAGUUUAGCAGAGGGAUAAUUUUAUUCUAACGCAUAUAUUUAGGGGUGCAUAUUUAUUAAACAAGGUGUGAUACAUAAAAUAUUACAACUGAAUGAGGCAGAAAGUCUGUAAAUAUAGAGUAACUGUAAUGGACAGGGUAGGAAUAUGGUAUAGAAUACCAAUAAUUUGUUAAAUUCAUAGCUAAUCUAGUAUCAUCUGUAAUACUAUCAUCGAACCUAUACAUCAUGAAUAAACAUAAUCUUCAUCAUCAUCA